AACCAGUCUCUGUGAGCGGCCGCUCUGUUGGCUGGGCUGCCUGGGUGUGACAAACACAGGCUCCAGGCCCCUGCCCCGCCUCCAGUCCGGAGCCAUGGAGCCCGGAUCGGGGCCAGUGGUGGCCGGCGUGAAGCGAAAGCACCCAGAUGACCACAGAGGUCCACUAGAGGUGGAGGCUAAGAAGGAGUCCCAGGAGCAGGCACCCUCCUCCAGGUCCAACUUAGGCCAGACCCUACUUCGACUUUCAAUGGACAAAUUCCAGCUCCGCCCACAGAGUCUCCUGAGGCAAGUGCUCAUUACAAACACCCUGAACUACAUCAAGGAAAAGAUGCACUUGGAGAGGACCCCAGCCCCACCUCAGGAACCCAGAUUGGAGCUGCUUUUACCCCUGACUGCCCAGUCAGCCAACAACUUCCUCAGAGAGCUGGAAGUGAUCCUGGGUUUAAGAGCCACACAGGAUGAGCCCCCAGAUCCGAGUUGGAGCCCUGCCUCUGCCCCUGAUGUGUCCAGUGACUGCAGGCAAAUACCUCCCCCUCUUGGGGCUUCGGUUUGCCCAUCUGUCAGAGUUGAGGAGCCUACCCUGGGCAGUUUUGAGACCAUGAGCAACAGGUACCUUGGAGACCUGGUUCCUGAUGACUUCUUCCCUGACAUUGACACCUCAGAUGUGGAAAGAGAUCCUUGGCCUUCGCCUUCUGCCCUUGCUUCCUCUUAUGGGGCAGUCUGCUCCCUAGAGCAGCCUAGGGCUGAAUGGGACUGGACUGAACUGGACCAAAUCUUGGAAAUCAUCAAGGGAUCAUAAGACUGGGUGGGGGGGGUGCAGAUACUUGCUUACCUCUGGAGAGUUAAAGAAAGUAGUCUCCAAAGAUUUCAUAUCUCAGGAAGUUGGGGUGAAGCUUCCUAGUGACAUGGGAAAGCCUCAUCUCUUCAGAUCUUCUGUCCUGGUGUCAGUGCCUGCUGAUGGCAGAACCACAGAAUAUAUCUCUCUUUCCUGAUAGCUUAAUGGGAUUCUGCUCCCACAGCCGGAGCUCUUGUCACCAAAUCCCUCCUCCUCUCCACCCUAUCGCCCUGACUGGCCCCAGGUGUGCUGGGGCCCAGCACUCUGGGGCUGCUGUUCCCAUUCCAGUUAGUCUUUUGUGUCUCCUGUGAGCCUGGUCCCCAGGUGGUCCCUGGUUUUCCCCCUGAUUUGGCUUCAGAUCAGAGGAAGAAGCUGGCCUGGGGGUUGAGUAACUGCCUGGGGAAAGAAGGGGGCAGGGCAGGGCUGAAGGCCAGGAGUCCUGGGCUCUGGGGAGACAAAGUCCAGGUUGCCAGGAGGAGGGUCUCCAGAUCAACCUCCCCCCCCACCAACUCCCAAGGUUGACAGGUAUGGAAACAGUACGAAGUCACAUCAUCUUCUCCCUCCCCACCUCAGUGCCUGGCCAUAACUGUGAACCCCCCUCCUUUGUCCUUGUUCACCCCCUUCCCGAUCCAAAUGUGGCCUUGAUGAAGUGCAAUAAGGAUAAAGGAAUCUUUAUCCAUCAUCAUGCUUUUUUUUUUCUAUUUUAAAAAGGCCUAUUUCACCUGUUUUUUUUUGUGAAUAAAACUUUCAAAUUCCAUAA